UCAUUUCCUAAAAUUUACACAAAGAACGCGAUCCUCAAUGUCUAAAUAUUAUAGAAAAGGCUCAUCAAGUUCAAAGAAAGUUAAAUUCUUCAAAGAUUCAUCAAAUACUAACGACGUUUUUAACGAUCCUCUUUUGAAAGAAUAUGAGAAUUUUAAUAUAGUAGAACUGAAAAAUGAACUUCAAAAACUUGAGAAAGAACGCGAUGAGAAGAAAUUAAUAUUUGAAAAUUUUAAAAAUUCACAAAGUUUGCGUGAUGUCAUUGGUAAAGAAAAUAUUAAUGAUAGUAUGAACAUGAAUCAAAAUGAAUUACAGGAUCAUAUGAUGAAAGAGAUAUUACAAGAUAGUGAGGAACGUGAAUAUCAAAAAAUUUUGAACGCAUAUCGAUUAACUGGCAAGACAAUUUUUCCUGUAAAAGAAAACCGUAUUGGAUUAAGAUUUGAAACUUUUUAUAAUGCAAAGUAUCUUGAACCUUAUUAUAUUUUUUUGGAACAAAAUCAGGAGAAUGAACAAUUAAGUAUUUUUAGACAUACCUUACCACAUUUCAUUCCACUAGACGAGUUGGAAGCUAAAUAUCUAAACAAGGAUAUGAAUAAAUUCGCAAAUAUGGUUGAUGAUUAUUUACAAGCAUUCGUAAUGAGACGCGAAGAAGUACGAACUUUAACCAAUAAUAAAUUAAAUCGUAAACCAAGAGUCAACAAUGCUUAUUCUUCUAUAGAAUUCACUAUUUUAUUAAAGGAUAACAACGAUCGUGUGGAUAUUAACUUGACAUAUGAAAAUUUAACAUCUUUCAUUCCUACAAAUGCCGUAAUUUGCCUAACUAGAGAAGGCACAGAGAAUAAGCGUAAAAGAUUACAAAAACGUGAACGGGAAUUUUUACAAUCAAAAUUAACUGAUGCGUUCGAAACGGUCUUUGGAACUUGAGACUCCUGAUGAUAGAAGAUGCAUAUGCGUGAGUGCGUACUUACAUACAAAUAUUAAAUCAUUUUAUGAUAAUGGGACAUCAUUAUUUACAUUUUCAUAGUUCAAUAAAUACAAAAUAGUAGUUUAAAAUAAAAAAUAUAUCAAAUAUUUUUUUAUUUCAUAUUGAAAAUCAAGAAUUUAGUCGUGUUGGUUUUGUUUUUAUCUAAAUUAAUUACAUUAUAUUUAAAAACAAAUCUUUCUAUAUAUUUAAAAAAAGUGUGUGUGUGUGUGGGGUUGGGUGUAGGCGUAUAAUUUUUUAAUAGUAAAUAUAAUUAAAUAUGGUUUGAUUCCAAAAUAAUAAAUACGAAACAUUUUUCAAUAACGAAGCUUAGAUUAUAUUCGGAUAAUUUUAAGGGUAAUGUAGAUAAUUUUAUUUUUUUUAUUUUGGUUAUGCCUAUUUAAUAUUUUAAU